AUGUCAGGCUUCGACCAGUCGCACAAUGGUGCGUUUUUCAACUUCAACAACCUCACUCCUCAGCAGCUCAACAUGCUUCGCCAACAGAGUCAGAUGCAGCAGGCCGUGCAGAUGCCACAACAACAGCAGGUCCAGCCGCAACCUCCACCUGGGGUUCAGCCGCAGAUGCAGCAGCGCAACCCGAUGAUUCCCCAGCUCGGUUUGCCCGCUGGCUUCAACCAACAGCAGCUGCAAGCCUUCAUGGCCCAGCAGCAGUCGCAGCUGGCUAAUGGCAUGAUGGCCAACAACCAGAAUCCUCUCAUGCAGAUGAUGCGCCCUCAGGGUAUGGUGCAGCCACAGACGCCUCAGCAGCAGCCACAGCAGCAGCAGCUUCAACAGCAGCCGCAACAUGCACAGAUGCAAGCUCAGAUGGUUCACCAGCAGCCUUCUGUAACCCAGCCCGCGCAUCUCCAGCAGCAGCAGCAGCAGCAACAACAACAACAACAACAGCAGCAGCAGCAACAGCAACAGCAACAACAGCAACAACAGCAACAACAGCAACAACAGCAACAACAACAACAACAACAACAACAACAACCACAACAACCACAACAACCACAACAACAACAACAGCCGCAACAGCAGCCACAGCAAGCUGCUGCCGCUGCCAACAUGGGCGCUGCUUCCCAGAUGGCUGGUCAUGGAGGGCCCACUCCGACGUUUGCACAGCUAUCGCAUGCCAUCGAACAGGCCAAGAAGGGCAAUCUCACACAGGAGCAGAUGAUUCAGUUGCGGCAACUGAUCACGCGCCAACAAGCCAUGCAAGCUCAACAACAGGCAGCGCAGAACCAUAACGCUAGCGCAAGGCCUCUGCAGCACGGUCCGUCCAACAUGAACAUGAAUAUGAACAACGGCCAAAACUUUACCAACGGCUUGCAGAGGACACCGCAGAUGCAAGCUCAGGCUCAGAUGAUGGCCGGCUUGCAGCAGGUACGCCCAGGUGGGCCCCAAUCGACACCUACCAUGGGCUCGCAGGGCUUUUUGCAGCCUGCUGUUCCCGCUCAGCAGCCGCAGCAACAACAAGCGUCGCAACAGCAGCAACAGCAACAGCAAGCGCCAAUGUCCAAUCAAGUGCAAUCUUCGCCUCAGAUCUCCCUGCAGAACCCACAGCAACUGGCGCGCGCACCCACGCCUCAGCAAGUGCCCGGUCUGCAGCAAGCUGCGCAACAGGCGCAGCCACAGCAGCAACCGCAGCCUGCUCAGCCUGGACAGCAAAGACCUCCCGUUGGUCGACCCGACCAAACGCCUGGUGCGAGCAAUCCGCAGAAUCCGCUCAACUUUCUGCGACUCUUGCAUCAGCGCGUCACCGACAUUGAAAGCAAGCUCAACUCGGAUCUCAGCGCCGAAGAUCGCCAAUCGGUGCAGCAGCAGCACGCAGAGGCCAAGCGCCUGCAGUCUGCACUUCUCCAGCGUCUCAACGUUCAGAAUGCACAGCAGUUUGCUGCUUUGAUGCAACAAAGUCAGCAAGCAGGCGGUCAGGGGCCUAACAACCAGCAACCACCGCCGCAGCAGCAACAGCAAUCGGCUCAGCCCUCACAAGCGUCGCAGCCACAGCAGCAGCAACCUGGUAUGAGCGCGAUGGGCAAUAUCCAAGCUUCACCCGUCAUCCGCCCACCAAACAGGCCUGGUUCCGCCCGACCACCGCAAGCUCAAUUUGGCAGUCCCAUGCUGAACCAGCCCGGUCUGCAGAAUCAGAACGUGCCACAACCACCGCAACAAACGCCUCAGGUGCGACCGUCGCCGCAGAUGGGUGCUGCAAACAUUAAUUCUCAGCCGGGCAUGUCUGGCUUGCAAGGCGUGCCAUCGCUGCGUCCAGAGCAAUUCAUGAAGGCGCUCGUCGAUCUGAUGAAGAAGCGAGGCACCCCCAUCACUUCCUUGCCUAAAGUUGGCGGACGCGAGUUGGAUCUAUACCGCUUCUACCAGAUUGUUCAAGCUCACGGCGGCAGCGAUGGUGCGCAUCAGAAGGGCGCAUGGCCCGCUAUCGCCAUGUCUCUGGAGCUUGCACCCCUAGGCUCCCCCCAGACGCAAGCGCUCGGACAGGCUUUGGCCACCGAGUACCGCAACUACCUUGCGCCUUUUGAGGAGACGUGGCAGCGAGCCAUGCAACACCAGUAUCAGAUGUCCAUGGCAGGGGCCGGUCUCGGUCAGGCUCAAGGCGCAGCACAGAGCAACCCACAGGCGCCUGCGUUCCGACCUCCAUCGACGCCGCAGAUGCAGUCGCAACAACCCAACCAGCAGUCCGCUCAGCUCCAAGGACAGCAAACGUCCAUGAUGCCGCCAAACCAGUCGCAGCAGCAGCAGCAACAACAACAACAACAGCAGAUCCAGAUGCAGGCGCAAAACGCAUCGCAAGCGCUCGGACCUCAGCAAACGUCGCUUGCCGGCUUCAACCCACCUCCACCUCCGAUCCUUAGCGCUGAGCAUCUCGCCAAGGUGGGCAUGUCUCAGGAACAGUUCAACAAGGCCUUCCUUACACAGCAGCUCAAUGCAUGGCGCCAGGAGCAACUGCAGAACCAGCAGCGACAGAUGAACCAGGGCUAUCAGCCAAACGCAGCGGGUCUCCCACAGAACAGCCUGCAGCAGCCGCCGCAAUUGCAGCAAGCCCAGCAGCCACAGCCACAGCCACAGCAGCAACAGCCACAGCAGCAGCAACAGCAGACGCCGCAAAUGGGCUGGGCAAAUCAGCAACGUCCCAUGAUGCCGCAGACCUCGGCAGCUCCACCGUCUCAGGUGCCGCCCGCAACCUUUGGAGUCGGUAUGCCAGGUCAGCCACUCAAUGCGCAGCACACGGGCGCCAACGCACAGAACCAGCAGCCGAAUCAAACCCAGCAGCCACAGCAACAGCCAUUGCAGACGCAGAACCACCCAGCGCAGCCGUCACAGAUCGGCGCUGCUCAAGGCGGCUCGGGCCCGAAUGCAGCAGGCGCAUCACAAAACCAGCAAGGUGCAAUGGCUGGACGCCCUUCCAAUAUGUCGCAGGCUCGCUUCAUUGCAGUGAGCCCCGAACAGCUCGAGCAAGCACGUGCAGCUAUGGCCAAGAUUGAUCAGGAGCUGGCCACACAGAGACCUCGACUGCCCAUCAUUCAGAACAUUGCUGACGACGAGAGGGACCAGAUUCUGGAUCAAGUGCAGAAGCUCGCCCCCAUUCAAGCCACCGUGACCGCCCUCUUACCCGCCUUCUACGCGAUGAACGGCAAUCUGGAGCCUGCUAAGCGUCUCAAGAUUAUGGCGUUCAUGUACAAGGAUCAGUACGACCUGCUACCCAUGAAGCAGUGCAUCCUGCGUCUAGCCGACCUGGACAAGCUCAAGAUGCAGAUGAGCCGUUGCAUCAGCUUUGUGCGUUCCAGCAACCCAGAGCUGGCACAGCGUAUCGUCAGUUCGGUCAGCGAACAGUCGCUCACCGCACAGCAGAACGGCGUCGCAUCCUCGGCGCCAGGCACCAACGCUCCGGUGGCGCAGCAGCAGAGCAACAACCAAGGCACAGCAGCGUCUUCUGCUAUUCCGGCAGUGUCACAAGCUGCACCCGCAGACGCGGCAACCGCCCAGGCACAAGGCGCGGAUGCUACUGCAGCGGGUGUCAAUGCAGAUGGCACGUUCGAUGCUGCCGCUGCGAUGAACGGCAUCAAGCGCGGACUGCGGCCCGAGAAUCUCAAGUUGCCGCCCAACAAGCGUGCCAAAAACCUGGUCGGUUCUGGCAAAGCUAUGAGCCCAUCGUCUGGUGCCAACGAAUCGCCGAAGGUCGCUGCGUCGCCCGCUCAAGCUGAAGACAUUUCCACGCCGGCAGGCUCGACGCCGGCGGGCAAGGGCGGCAAGAAGGGCGACAAGGUCAUCAAAGGUGGCAAGGUGACGGCCAAGAAGGGCAAAGGCGGUGCUGCUGGCACGCCCACCUCGUCUGCUGCUGAGCCCGAUAAGAAGUUUAAGACGAGCGCUGACAUCAUGGCGGAAGUCAAACGAGAGAUGGCCGAAGCCGAACGCAAGCGCCGCGAGGGAGGAUCCGGCGGCCUUGGUGCUGGAGACGCCUCUGGCGCCGCUGCCAAGGUGGACACGGCCAAUGUCAAGGCCGAGCAGGAGGCCGAGGAGAAGCGCACGAAGGAUCAAGAGCUGGCUGGACGCGAUCCCGCCGGUCUUGUCGAGUCAACAUGGCAGGAGCUUCUUGCUACUGGCAACGCCAACAAUGGCCUGCGAGGGCCCGGCUCGUUGCUGGGCGCACCGAGUGCAGGACCAUCUGGACAGACUGGCUCGGAUCCCAAGGCGCUCCAAUCGCUCAUGUCGAUGCUCGGCCAGGACUCGAUGCUGUCGGGCUUGCCUGCCAAUGGCAUGAAUGUACCUUCCAAGGGUCUCAUGCCGGGCGAAGGCGGCAGCGGCGGCGCGGGCGCAAACGGCUCGAGCUUCUUGGAUGGCGCGCUGGAUUCGUUGCCCUCUGCUGACGCCGACACGGGUCUGGACAUUGACUUGUUCGACUUCAUCGAGGCCUCGGCGGCUGGACCGGACGCGUUCAACGAUGCGGAUGUCGACCUGAGCGGUUUGUUUGGUGGCGGGCUGAACGCAUCGACGCAGGAGAGCGAGCCGCCGGUGGAAACGCCGGAGCUGGUGGCGAGCGCGCGGCUAGCCGGCGGCAGCUCGAACGCAUCUACGGCUUCCAACUCGACGGCCAACUCGCUACGAGGCAAGAUGCCAGCGGCGCUGGGAGGUAGCGGGCUGGAUUUUGGCUCUGCCGGACCGUCGAGCACGAGUCCGGCGGAAAUGAGUAGCUGCGAUGAGAUUGAUCUCGAGAAGAGCCCGUUCGUUCAUAGAAUGAGACUGGAUCGCAUUGGGCUGACCACCAUGGCGCCUGCAGCUUCGGGGACGGAAGCCGGGCCGGCGACCAAGGAAGGCGGCGGUGGCGGCCAUCAGCAGAGCACGCUCAAGGGUGCAGAAGACACGGCGAUCAACCAGGUCGAGCUCGGGCCUGGUUCGCAGGGCAUCAUCGCAGGCUCGGGCGACGAUUGGUGGGACCUGGACCACUUUGGCAGCAUGGGCGGCGGUGGUGCAUUCGGGAUGGAUGCAAAUGCCGACCAGCCGUGGGCGGUGCUCAGUUGA